CCCCUCCGGUCCUGUCUCCAGCGGGAGCGCGAGACGCUGGUCAGGCUCCGCGGCGCAGCUCGAAAAUGAAUAAUCGCCCCCAAUUGACUUAAAUUCCACCGAAGCCGGCGCCGCGGCUGCCCGCUGCCUGGGAUCUGCUUGCGUUCUCCAUUCUUCCUUUAAAAAAAAAAAAAAAAAAAAAAAGAGCAAAACAAAACCAGCCAGCCAGCCAACCAAGACUCCGGUUUGUUGAUCGCCUUUUUUUUUUUUUUUUUUUCACCGUUUGCGGGAUUUGCAAACCGAGUUACAUGCAUGUCCAGUGGGGGUAGGUUUAAUUUUGACGAUGGAGGGUCCUACUGUGGAGGCUGGGAGGACGGCAAGGCGCACGGCCAUGGCGUCUGCACCGGCCCCAAGGGCCAAGGCGAAUACACCGGCUCGUGGAGCCACGGCUUCGAGGUACUGGGCGUCUACACCUGGCCCAGCGGCAACACGUACCAGGGCACUUGGGCGCAGGGCAAGCGCCACGGCAUCGGCCUGGAGAGCAAGGGGAAGUGGGUGUACAAGGGCGAGUGGACGCACGGAUUUAAGGGGCGCUACGGGGUGCGGGAGUGCACGGGCAACGGGGCCAAGUACGAAGGGACCUGGAGCAACGGGCUGCAGGACGGCUACGGCACGGAGACCUACUCGGAUGGAGGCACCUACCAGGGCCAGUGGGUCGGCGGCAUGCGCCAGGGCUACGGCGUUCGGCAGAGUGUCCCCUACGGCAUGGCGGCGGUUAUCCGCUCGCCCCUGAGGACCUCCAUCAACUCCCUGCGCAGCGAGCACACCAACGGCGCUGCGCUGCACCCUGACGCCGCCCCGGCCGUGGCGGGCAGCCCGGCGGUGUCGCGGGGGGGCUUCGUGCUUGUGGCGCACAGCGACUCCGAGAUCCUCAAGAGCAAGAAGAAGGGGCUGUUCCGGCGCUCGCUGCUGAGCGGGCUGAAGCUGCGCAAGUCCGAGUCCAAGAGCAGCCUGGCGAGCCAGCGCAGCAAGCAGAGCUCCUUCCGCAGCGAGGCGGGCAUGAGCACGGUCAGCUCCACGGCCAGCGACAUCCACUCCACCAUCAGCCUGGGCGAGGGCGAGGCCGAGCUGUCCGUCAUCGAGGACGACAUCGACGCCACCACCACCGAGACCUACGUGGGAGAGUGGAAGAGUGACAAGCGCUCGGGCUUCGGCGUCAGCCAGCGCUCCGACGGGCUCAAGUACGAGGGGGAGUGGGCCGGCAACCGGCGGCACGGCUACGGCUGCAUGACCUUCCCCGACGGCACCAAGGAGGAGGGCAAGUACAAGCAGAACAUCCUCGUGAGCGGCAAGCGCAAGAACCUCAUCCCGCUGCGCGCCAGCAAGAUCCGCGAGAAGGUGGACCGGGCCGUGGAGGCGGCCGAGCGGGCGGCCACCAUCGCCAAGCAGAAGGCGGAGAUCGCGGCCUCCAGGACCUCCCACUCCCGGGCCAAGGCUGAGGCAGCCCUCACGGCGGCGCAGAAGGCCCAGGAGGAGGCACGCAUCGCCAGGAUCACUGCCAGAGAGUUCUCCCCUUCCUUCCAGCACCGGGAAAACGGGCUCGAGUACCAGCGGCCGAAGCAUCAGCUCUCCAGCGACGACAUGGAGGUGACCUCCACCGGGACACCCCUGCAGCAGGAGAGCCCUGAGCUGUACCGCAAGGGCACCACCCCCUCGGACCUGACCCCCGACGACAGCCCCCUGCAGAGCUUCCCCGCCAGCCCCACGGCCACCCCACCACCGGCCCCCGCCGUGCGGAACAAGGUGGCCCACUUCUCCCGGCAGGUCUCGGUGGACGAGGAGCGAGGCGGGGACAUCCAGAUGCUCCUGGAGGGCCGGGGCGGGGACUGCACCCGCAACAGCUGGGGCGAGGAGAAGGCCGGGAGCUCCAGGGGCGUCCGCAGCAGCGCCCUCCGCAGCGGUCCGCCCGGCGAUGACUUCCGCACCCGGGGCUCGGGCCCCAAGCAGCCCGGCAACCCCAAGCCCCGGGAGCGGCGGACGGAGUCCCCCCCCUCGUUCUCCUGGACUUCCCACCACAGGGUGGGCAACCCGGGCCCCGGGGGCACCAAGCUGCUGGAGCUGGACGAGGAGAAGCUGAGCAACUACGAGAUGGAGAUGAAGCCCCUGCUGAGGAUGGACUCAUACGCGCAGGAGGCGCACCCCCCGAAGCGACGCUACAGCAAGGGGGGCGCCGGCCGGGGCCCGGGCCCGGGGGAGGACCACCGCGCCGAGGACCGGGGCUUCGGGGCCCAGAGACUGCGGUCCAAGCCCCAGAACAAGGAGCACGCCAGGCCGGCCUUGUGCGGGGAGCCCGCGGUGCAGCGGCUGGGCAGCCUGCGGCGGGGGGACGGGGCCGAGCCCCGGCUGCUGCGCUGGGACUUGACCUUCUCGCCGCCCCAGAGGUCCUCGCCCGCGGCGCUGGAGUCCGACGAGGAGAACGGGGACGAGCUCAAGGCCAGCACGGGCUCCGCGCCUAUCCUGGUCGCCAUGGUGAUCCUGCUCAACAUCGGAGUCGCCAUCCUGUUCAUUAACUUCUUCAUCUGACGGGACUGCCGCGUGAGCAGCACGCCGGUGUACAGGGACGCUCGAAGCAGGAGGACGCAGCCACGCCCGAGGCUCGGACGGCCCGACGACGACGACUCCGGGUCUUUCCACAGGACCACACGGAGGGGUGUUACUCACAGUUUGCCUUUUUUUCUGGGUCAUGUUUUCGGAUUUUAGCCAGAACUCUCUGCUUGGGUAACGCUCUGCUGUGUGGCACGGCAGGAGGAGGCCCGCACGCCGACCCUCCAGCUUGCCGCGGAGAGAAAAGGAUCCCAGCAAACCACCGGCACCAAGUCCUCACGGUGGUCAGCGUCCCCCCCCCCCCCCCGGGACGUGGAUGAGGAGGAGCCGGGGCAGAGCCCUGGGGGUCCCCGCUGCGCCAGGCGCAGGCGCGGCCUUUCCUCGGCUCCGGAGGCGCGGUGCCAGGCCCGGGUGAGGCGGGAGGGCCCCCUCCCCAGCUGGCCGCGGCCUGGGCCCUCUUCUGUCCCUGUCUGUGCUGUGUCCCUCGGGAAGCAGAGCCCUGCUGUCUCUCCUCCCGGGACGGGGUCACAGCCCUGCCCUCUCACUGCCCCACAGCUUUCCUCACUGAGUCCUAAAGUCAGGUCCUCACUGUCCCCACUGUCUCCCCCUCCCCUCAGACCCCCGGGGGCCCCGGGAGCGCCCUCACCUGCACAGGCUGGUGAGGGGCUGGGCCCCAGCACGUGGCCUCCUGCACGUAGGAUGCAGGAGGCGCCCAGGCUCCCGUGACCCUGUCGGACGCCUGAGGCAGCAGUGGCCCCUGUGACGUCCCCUUCUGUCACUGAGCCAUGGGUUUGCACUCUUUCGUCCUGUGCCUGCCUCGACCUCCGACUCCUCCCAGAGGCCUCAUCCAUUCAGACUCCGGAGCUGGCCUGGUCCCAGGACAGGCAUGCGGUGGAGACCCGGUGGCUUGAAAACUCCCGAGCAGUCACGACACGCCCCUCUCCCCCCAGAUAUGCAACGUACCUAGGUUCAGUCGGCAGAACCAGGCUUCCGGGGUCUGUGCUCUGCUGGCGCGGUUCCGCCCACCAGACGAAAGACGAGGUCCUCGACGGUGGGGCGGCCAGGGUCCCGGCGCGUGGCUGGGCAGCAGCGCACGGGCCGCACGCAGGCCUGGGACGGUCCUGGCCGCCACCGGGGACUCUGCCUUGCUUUGCUUCCGUUCAGCUGUCUCUCUGCUGCCUUUCAAGCAGCCUUCUUUACUACACUGCACUGGAUUGCUAUAUUUUUAACCAGAAAUAAACGAAAGAUUAGAGCAUG